AUGCGGUCAAGUAGACCCUCACUCCCAAUUCUGCUGUUCUUGGGCACAUUUUUCAACUCGGCUGCCCCAAACUCCAUCUCAAACCUCGUCGAAAGUGUCGACCCCAUCGAUGAGGGCAUGGACAACUAUGUCAUCACCGAAUUUACCCCGAAGGCUUUCAUCAAGUCCAACUCGUACAUGCUCAACUACACUUCGUGUUUCCAGUUUCGCUACGAGUUGCCAAUCAAGAGAGCCACGCUUCAAGCCUACACGUGCCAUUUGAGUCCGGGCGGUGGAUGCACGUUGGACAGAUUUACGCAUAAGGACAAGGAGGGCUGCUACGCACUGCGGCCGUGGAAAUACCACCCCGAUGAAUUUGGAUUUUGGUUCCGCCUGGAACGUAGGGAGCGGAAUUACGGAAAGCGGAACACGAAUCGGCCGGCGAGAAAGACGAAUCGCGCCCGCCGAGUGCGCGACUCUUCAGAAGUCCUCGGCCGUGUCAUCUUGGAGGGAAUUCGCCCCUGCUCGGAGACGUGCACCAAGGGUGUUUCCAGAUAUUCGAUCACGCUAAAU